GCAUGUAUAAUUAAUACUGAAUUUUCCGUGUAAUACUUGUUGAAUUUACAUAUUCACAAAAUGGAAACACCUAUAUCUCUAGAUGUGGACUUUGUUUAUAAUGAUGCGGAUACACAUGCUAAUGAAAUUGCUGAGUUAUACAGCUACAGUGAGCAGUAUGAAUUACAUGUUAAUCUUACUGCUUUCGAAGAACAAAUGGAGUUUUACAAAUUACGACCAUGGUGGCAAAACUUGACAGAAAUGGAACAGAAAUCAGUAAUUUACAAAUUAUUGGAUCAGUUAGAGGUCUCCAAUAAGCAAUUGAGAAUGAAGGCUGCAAGGUGUAUCUUGUAUUUAGCUCAGGGAUGCUGGGCCGAGGUACAGUCUGAUAAAGAGCAACAAGACUGGACUAGGACAAAUGUAAUGUUAUUAUACGAAGCUGGAGUUUUUCCAGCAUUUGUUGAACUUCUUAAUAUUGAAAUUGAGAACAGUACAACAGCUACUUCGGCAAUGAGGAAAAUAACUGUUAGUCUUGACGAUUCUAUUGAUUUAAGAGUAAUCUUGUCUGUUUUAUAUAUCAUAACCGAGGUGAUGAGAGAAGAAAUGAAGAACUUAGAACACAGUAUAUAUAGAGAUAAUGUUGAAACUUUCAAAGAAGAUCUAAUAAAUCCGUAUGGAGAAGAAUUGCUGAUAGUUAAACUUCUUGGUAUGGUAACAUGCUUCUGCAGUGGAACAGCACCGCACUUUCCAAUGAAGAAAGUACUUCUACUUUUAUGGAAGCUGAUUCUAGUGUCUCUCGGUGGUAUUGAUACACUGAGACAAUUGAAAAAGCAGUAUCGCGAGGAAGCUGGUCUUGAUACGGAACAGGAAGAUACCAUAGAAGUUGCUAAGACUAUGAGAGCUAGCUCUCCUCCGAGCAAUGCGGGAGACUUAAUUGAAAUGCAAAGUCAGAAGAUAACUAGCAGAUAUCGACGACAAUGUUUAUCGAAACAAAAAUCAUUAGACGAAUCACUGUUAGGUAUGGUAUACGAAUUUGGUGACAUGGGUAAUGCGAAUAAUGGUAAAGAAGGAGAAGGAGAAAUGAAUGGUUCUAGUUGGUAUCGGGCUUGUCACCUUGAAGAACAAAAUAACCAACCACAAGUGAGGCCUAGUACCCCACCGGUUAAUAAAGUGAAAGGUUUACCAUGGACACCAAAGGUCAGACAAAAGGAUGUAGACACUUUUCUUGAAGUGUCUAGACUGAAAUUUGUUGGUUACAAAUUACAAGGAGACAGAGAAAGUCUGAUUGGUUUGCCACAACCAAUACACGAAGGUGUUAAUACACUGAAACGACAUAUGUACACAUCUUUAGCCGAAGUCCAAAUACAAAAGGAAGAAGAAAUAGCUAGGAACCCAAUGAGUACACCAGAACCUCCGAUUCGUCAAACACCGACGGAAAUAUUGUAUCAAGCUAUAUUACCAAAUCUGCCGCAAUACAUGAUCGCGUUAUUAAAAAUUUUACUCGCGGCUGCACCCACCAGUAAAACUAAGACAGACAGUACAAAUAUAAUGGCCGAUGUUUUACCAGGACAAAUGCCUAUGACGGUUGUACAGUCGAUGACACUCGGUAUUGAUGUAAACAGACAUAAAGAAAUCAUUGUUAAAGCAGUUUCUGCGAUUUUGUUACUUUUAUUAAAGCACCUCAAACUAAACCACAUAUAUCAGUAUGAAUUUAUGUCGCAGCAUUUAGUAUUUGCUAACUGCAUACCACUCGUUUUAAAAUUUUUAAACCAGAAUAUUAUAGCUUACAUUGAAGCUAAGCAUGUUAUACCGAUUUUGGACUUCCCUAUGUGUGUUAUCGGUGAUCAACCAGAGUUGACAGUAGAAAGCCUUGAAAUUGGGGACAGCCAAACAUACUCUUGGAGAAACAUUUUCUCCAGUAUUAAUUUAUUACGUAUUCUUAACAAGCUAACAAAAUGGAAGCAUAGUAGAAUAAUGAUGCUGGUCGUAUUUAAAUCUGCGCCUAUAUUAAAACGCACGUUAAAAGUUCGGCAAGCAAUGAUGCAACUAUAUGUCUUGAAAUUAUUAAAAAUGCAAACUAAGUAUUUAGGACGACAAUGGCGGAAGACCAAUAUGAAAACAAUCAGUGUAAUUUAUGCUAAAGUCAGACAUCGUUUGAACGAUGAUUGGGCUUACGGCAAUGACUUAGAAGCACGACCAUGGGAUUUCCAAGUGGAAGAAUGCGAAUUACGUACGUGCGUCGACCAAUUUAACAAUCGACGAUAUUCUAAUGCAUCGAAGAACAAAGAUAUGGAACCAGUUGACACAUCUGUUAUAUCAGUACUUGGGGCUAACAUUAAGUUGAGUGAAGUGUUUAAGCAACAUUACGAAUUGUGGUUGCAACAAGAAGUAUUUGAGAGAAAUAUUAACUGGGACCAGUUGUUGGAUCCAGAAUCGUGUGAACUUUAACGAGUAUAAUACAUUAAAAUCAUAUUUUCGACAACAAACCUGAAUAAAGUUUUGACAUUUUUACGAACUACGUAUUAUCGUGAAGUGAUUACGAAAAAAAAGACGAAGUAUUGUCAUA